AUGGUGAAGGAUAAAAUUUACCACUUCGCCGACUUCAACCUCGAAGCACUUCUUUCCCUAUCAGAGCAACUCCGCGGUCGAAAAUGCACUUGCGAUGUGACCAAGAUGCCCAAUUGCGGCAGCCUAAAUUGGGUCGUUUUCGUGACUUUCGACGACGGCAUCGAGUGGGUGUUUCGAUCUCCAAUGGCCAGUCGCAACAGCAUUUACUCGGAUGAGACCUCUUCCAAGAUAGUCAACAGUGAGGCUUCCGCGCUGAUGUACCUAAAAGCCCACACGUCAAUCUCAGUACCUGAAGUCUACUCCUACAGGCAAGUACCCGACAACAGCAUUGGCGUGCCAUAUAUCCUUCAGAGCAAAGCCGCAGGUCGUUCAUUAGGAUCCUACGACUGGUCUAAUUGUCCACAUCGAUUCACCGGCAGUCGAAACCCUCGCCCACCUUUGCCCAUAUCCGACGACGGCCGAAACAAAGUCAUGCAUCAGCUUGGGUCCAUCAUGGCAGAAUUAUCUGACUAUCGCUUUGCCAAAAUUGGGCAGUUCUUAGUCGAGACGAUCCCCCACCUCAUCUCAGGCUUUGAGAGCAGCUUUACCCUGUCUCACCCGGACCUCCAUGUUGGCAAUAUUUAUGUCGAUGACGACCUCAACAUCACAUGUAUUAUUGACUGGAGUUCGACGUCAACGGGUCCCAUCGCUGAGUUGCUCGCGACUCCAGGACUAGGGGGCUCGGCUAGACCGCCCUCAGAAUCUCUCACUACUGCUUUCCGAGCGAGCUUUGGCCAACGAUCUACUAGAAUAGGCCUUGAACUUUCCCGCUCAAAGCUCUAG